UUCCGUCUCUGGCCGGCUGGGCGCGGGCGACUGCUGGCGAGGCGCGUGGACUCUCGCGCUCGUUCCCCUUCGUCUCCUCUCCCGGCCCGGGCCGCUAGGGAGUUCGCUGACGCCGGGUGAGCCGCGCCUGCCGCCAAGAUGCCGGCCUAUUUCCAGAGGCCGGAAAAUGCCCUCAAACGCGCCAACGAAUUUCUUGAGGUUGGCAAAAAGCAGCCUGCUCUGGAUGUUCUUUAUGAUGUUAUGAAAAGUAAGAAACAUAGAACAUGGCAAAAGAUACACGAGCCGAUUAUGUUGAAAUACUUGGAACUUUGCGUGGAUCUUCGUAAGAGCCACUUGGCUAAGGAAGGAUUAUAUCAGUAUAAGAACAUUUGUCAGCAGGUGAACAUUAAAUCUUUAGAGGAUGUUGUUAGGGCAUAUUUGAAACUGGCAGAGGAAAAAACUGAAGCUGCUAAAGAAGAAUCCCAACAGAUGGUAUUAGAUAUAGAAGAUCUGGAUAAUAUUCAGACUCCUGAGAGUGUUCUCCUAAGUGCUGUAAGUGGAGAGGACACUCAGGAUCGGACUGACAGAUUACUUUUAACUCCCUGGGUAAAGUUCCUGUGGGAAUCAUACAGACAAUGUUUGGACCUUCUUCGAAACAAUUCUAGAGUAGAGCGCCUCUAUCAUGAUAUUGCACAGCAAGCAUUUAAAUUCUGCCUCCAGUACACCCGUAAGGCUGAAUUCCGUAAGCUGUGUGACAAUUUGAGAAUGCACUUAUCACAGAUUCAACGCCACCAUAACCAAAGUACAGCAAUCAAUCUUAAUAAUCCAGAGAGCCAGUCCAUGCAUUUGGAAACCCGGCUUGUUCAGUUGGACAGUGCUAUCAGCAUGGAACUGUGGCAGGAAGCAUUCAAAGCUGUGGAAGAUAUUCACGGACUAUUCUCCUUGUCUAAAAAACCACCCAAGCCUCAGUUGAUGGCAAAUUAUUAUAACAAAGUCUCAACUGUGUUUUGGAAGUCCGGAAAUGCUCUUUUUCAUGCAUCUACACUCCAUCGUCUUUACCAUCUAUCUAGAGAAAUGAGAAAGAAUCUUACACAAGAUGAGAUGCAAAGAAUGUCUACCCGAGUCCUUUUGGCUACUCUGUCCAUCCCUAUAACCCCUGAGCGUACUGACAUUGCUCGACUUCUGGAUAUGGAUGGCAUUAUAGUUGAAAAACAACGUCGUCUUGCAACAUUACUAGGUCUUCAAGCCCCACCAACACGAAUUGGCCUUAUUAAUGAUAUGGUCAGAUUCAAUGUACUACAAUAUGUUGUCCCAGAAGUAAAAGACCUGUACAACUGGCUGGAAGUAGAAUUUAACCCAUUAAAACUCUGUGAGAGAGUCACUAAAGUUUUAAAUUGGGUUAGGGAACAACCUGAAAAGGAACCAGAGUUGCAACAGUAUGUGCCUCAACUGCAGAACAACACCAUACUCCGCCUUCUACAGCAGGUGGCACAGAUAUAUCAGAGCAUUGAAUUUUCUCGUUUGACUUCUCUGGUUCCUUUUGUUGAUGCUUUCCAACUGGAACGGGCCAUAGUAGAUGCAGCCAGGCACUGUGACCUGCAGGUUCGUAUUGACCACACUUCUCGGACCCUGAGUUUUGGAUCUGAUUUGAAUUAUGCUACCCGAGAAGAUGCACCAAUUGGUCCUCAUCUGCAGAGCAUGCCUUCAGAACAGAUAAGAAAUCAGCUCACAGCCAUGUCCUCAGUGCUUGCAAAGGCACUUGAAGUCAUCAGGCCAGCUCAUAUACUGCAAGAGAAAGAAGAACAACAUCAGUUGGCAGUGACUGCAUACCUUAAAAAUUCACGGAAAGAACAUCAGCGUAUACUGGCUCGCCGUCAGACAAUUGAGGAAAGGAAAGAGCGGCUUGAGAGUCUUAAUAUUCAGCGUGAGAAAGAGGAAUUGGAACAAAGGGAAGCUGAACUUCAGAAAGUACGCAAGGCUGAAGAAGAGAGACUGCGCCAGGAGGCAAAAGAGAGGGAGAAGGAGCGGAUCUUACAAGAACAUGAACAAAUCAAAAAGAAAACUGUUCGUGAGCGAUUGGAACAGAUCAAAAAGACAGAGCUGGGUGCCAAAGCAUUCAAAGAUAUUGACAUUGAAGAUCUUGAAGAAUUGGAUCCAGAUUUUAUCAUGGCUAAACAGGUUGAACAACUGGAGAAAGAAAAGAAGGAACUUCAAGAACGGCUGAAGAACCAAGAAAAGAAGAUUGACUAUUUUGAAAGAGCUAAACGUUUGGAAGAAAUUCCUUUGAUAAAGAGUGCUUAUGAGGAACAAAGGAUUAAAGACAUGGAUCUGUGGGAACAACAAGAAGAAGAAAGAAUUACUACUAUGCAGCUAGAGCGGGAAAAGGCUCUUGAACAUAAGACUCGAAUGUCGCGAAUGCUUGAAGAUAGAGAUUUAUUUGUGAUGCGACUCAAAGCGGCGCGGCAGUCAGUUUAUGAGGAAAAACUUAAACAGUUUGAAGAGCGAUUAGCAGAAGAAAGACAUAAUCGUUUGGAGGAGCGGAAGAGGCAACGUAAAGAAGAGCGCAGAAUAACUUACUAUAGAGAAAAAGAGGAGGAGGAGCAGAGGAGGGCCGAGGAGCAAAUGCUGAAAGAGCGAGAAGAAAGAGAGAGGGCUGAGCGUGCCAAACGUGAGGAAGAGCUUCGAGAAUAUCAGGAGCGUGUCAAAAAACUAGAAGAAGUAGAAAGGAAAAAACGCCAAAGGGAGUUGGAAAUUGAAGAGAGAGAACGCCGCAGAGAAGAGGAAAGAAGACUUGGCGAUGACCCACUUUCUAGGAAGGAUUCUCGUUGGGGAGAUAGAGACUCUGAAGGCACGUGGAGAAAAGGACCUGAAGCUGACUCUGAGUGGAGGAGGGGUCCACCAGAGAAGGAGUGGAGACGUGGAGAAGGGCGCGAUGAGGAAAGGCCUCAUCGGAGAGAUGAAGAUCGACCCAGGCGUUUGGGAGAUGAUGAAGAGAGAGAGUCCUCUCUUAGACCAGAUGAUGAUCGGGUGCCUAGGCGCAGCAUGGAUGACGACAGAGGCCCUAGACGUGGUCCUGAUGAAGAUCGCUUCUCUCGUCGUGGAACAGAUGAUGACCGUCCUUCUUGGCGUAAUGCAGAUGAUGACAGGCCUCCCAGACGAAUUGGUGAUGAUGACAGGGGAAGUUGGCGUCAUGCAGAUGAUGAUAGACCACCUAGACGAGGACUGGAUGACGACAGAGGAAGCUGGCGAACAGCUGAUGAGGACAGAGGACCAAGACGUGGAAUGGAUGAGGACCGGGGGCCCAGGCGAGGAGGUGCUGAUGAUGAGCGAUCAUCCUGGCGCAAUGCUGAUGAUGAUCGGGGUCCCAGGCGGGGCAUGGAUGAUGACCGGGGUCCCAGGCGAGGGUUGGAUGAUGACCGAGGACCUUGGAGGAAUGCUGACGAUGAUAGAAUUUCCAGACGUGGUGCAGAUGAUGACAGGGGGCCUUGGAGAAACAUGGAUGACGAUCGGAUUCCCAGACGUAAUGAAGAGGAUCGGAUUCCCAGACGAAGUGAAGACUCCAGACCUGGUCCCUGGAGGCCAUUUGUCAAGCCAGGCGGAUGGAGAGAGAAAGAAAAGGCCAGAGAAGAGAGUUGGGGUCCACCUCGAGAAUCAAGGCCAUCAGAAGAACGUGAAUGGGAUAGAGACAAAGAAAGGGAUAGAGACAAUCAAGAUCGUGAGGAGAAUGAGAAAGACCCUGAAAGAGAGAGGGACAGAGAGAGAGAUGGUGGGGAUCGUGAGGAUCGCUUCAGAAGACCCAGGGAUGAAGGUGGCUGGAGAAGAGGACCAGCUGAGGAAUCUUCGAGCUGGAGAGAUUCAAGUCGCCGAGAUGACAGAGAUAGGGAUGAUCGUCGUCGUGAGAGAGAUGAUCGUCGUGAUCUAAGGGAAAGAAGAGAUCUCAGAGAUGACAGAGACCGGAGAGGGCCUCCCCUCAGAUCAGAACGUGAAGAAGUAAGCUCUUGGAGACGUGCUGAUGAUAGGAAAGAUGACCGGGCAGAAGAGCGGGAUCCCCCUCGCCGAGUUCCUCCCCCAGCUCUUUCAAGAGAGAGAGAAAGAGACCGGGAACGGGAACGAGACCGGGACCGGGACCGGGACCGGGACCGAGACCGAGAAGGUGAAAAAGAAAAGACCUCAUGGAGAGCUGAGAAAGAUAGGGAAUCCCUUCGUCGUACUAAAAAUGAGACUGAUGAAGAUGGAUGGACCACAGUACGACGUUAAGUCCCAAGAUGGUGGAUUCAGACUCGUGUCUUACAUAGGUUUGAUCACAUUCAAGGAUUAUUAUACUUGUUCUUCAACCAAUCUAAAUUGGAUUCUUUAAUGUUGUUUCACCAUAACACAAAAAGCAUGAACUUGUAUUAAUCCUAUAUAAUAGAUUGAUCAUGCACCGUAUCCACAGAAGGUUGGAAAACCAUGCCAUUUUCUGGAAUUUAAGGUGUUGCAUUAUUUCAUCAAUCACUUGUUUACAAAAGAGAAAAACUAAAAAAUAAAUUUAAAAUGUGAACCCGUCGGGUAUGGAGUAACACCUUUAUCUUGGUAUAGAACUGAUAUUUUUUUGUUUGAUUUUGAAAUAUCUGAUAUUAAUUUGGAAUGAGGUGUUAAGCUUUUGUUAAAAUGUAUUCGAAGACCCUUUAAACCAUUGGAUCUGAAACAAUUUUCACACCAUUAGCGGUUGAAACAUACCUCUUUAGGUAUUUUGAGGUAUUUACUAUUAACUAAAUUUAGGAAGUUUUUAGGUUCACUCUAAGUGCAGUAAAUAUUACAGACAUUGGAUACAGUGGGAUUUUCUGUAGAUUUUACUUAAGAAGAGGUGAGUAUAAAGCAAUUUGCAGUCAUUAUUGUAAUGACAAUACUGUUCAAGUGCAAACCCAAAACAGUGCAGCUUUUAAAUUUUAAAGCAUUUGGUAAACUAUUGCUGUUUUUUUCUGUUGCCAAUAGCAAACUGCUUUUCCAUUAAUGGAGACUUCAUGCCUUUCAAGCAUUUUAAAUAUGACAAUAUUUAUAAAUGUGUGAUUUGGAGGAAUUCUUUAAAUUCUUUUUCUUAAUUUCCUUUCUCUUCAGAAUAGAUUCUUUCAACAAGUAAUUUGUAGUAAUGACUGUGUUGACUUCAAUUUUUGGAGUGUAGUAGCUAUGUUAAAGAUUAACUAUUUGGUCUUAUUGAAGCCAACACAGAACUUGCUGCUGUGUUUUUUCUUCAGUGAUAAAUAAAAUACUUACAGAAUUUG